UUCCGGCCUGCCACCGCACUGCGACCAGAAGCCGUGUGCGCCCGGUGAGCGACUGCCGCUGAAGAGACAACACCGCUGUCUGCACUCAGCCUGACCUGUGACCGGCAAUGGACUACAUGAACAACGCCUCCAACAGCUACAGUUCUGGAGACACCGUGAGUGCCUCCUUAGCUAACAUGACCAUCAACGACCAGCACCACCAGGAGAACGGAGUCCAGAUGGGACACAGAGGAGCCGGAGAUGCCAAAAUGAAAGAGGAUGAAACGAUGCUUAGUGAAAAUGGAGAGAAAUCUGUGUCUGAGCUUUCACAACCAGAGAGCAGCCACUGUGAUGAAGAGGUGCAGCCUGCAGACGCACCUGCAGAGAAAGGUGAUGAAGUAAUGUUGGAGCUCUCAGAAAAAGAGAGCACCUCGAGUGAAGACAAGGGGCAACUUGCAGCAGGAGGAGCAGCAUCAACAGCUCAAGCAAAGACGGAUAACGGAGAUAAGACUCAAACUACCACCUCACCAACCUCUUCCCUUAAAAGACCAUCUGUUGUCGCCAAGGGCAACAAAACGCACGCUUCUCCCCGAAACGGCCACAGCUCCAUCCCCAUUAAAACCAGCAGCCCAGGGCCCAGACAGCCCGGAAGUGCUGCUGGUGCAAAAUCUCAAACCCGGGGAGCUAAAACUCCCGCCAAAACUGCUCAACCAGCUAGUGCCAAGAAACCUCCCACUCCAAAAAAUGAAAAAGAUGCCAAGAGUGGACAGAGCAGCCCCGGUACUCCCAAAUCGCCUGCUAGUCAAGCACUUUCUGCAGCUGAGGCCAACAAAGUGAAGAAGAUCGCAGUUGUGCGCUCCACUCCGAAAUCUCCGGGCUCGCUGAAGACCCGUUCGCCGGCUCCGCUGGCCGCUGCAGCACCACUGCCUGACCUGAAGAACGUCCGGUCCAAGAUCGGCUCUACAGACAACAUCAAACACCAGCCUGGUGGUGGAAAGGUACAAAUCCUUGAUCAGAAGUUGGACUUUGGUAGUGUGCAGUCUAAGUGUGGCUCCAAAGGCAAUAUCAAACAUGUACCCGGUGGAGGCCAUAUCCAAAUCCUUGAUAAGAAGCUGGACUUGUCUAAUGUCCAAGCUCGUUGUGGCUCUAAAGACAACAUCAAGCAUACGCCUGGUGGAGGGAAGAUUCAAAUUGUGCACAAAAAGAUUGAUCUGAGCAACGUUGCAUCUAAAUGUGGAUCGAAGGAUAACAUUCGUCACAAGCCAGGUGGUGGAAAUGUUGAGAUCAAGAACGAGAAGCUGGAGUUCAAAGUUCAGUCUAAAAUCGGCUCUCUGGGCAACAUCGGCCACGUUCCUGGAGGCGGACAGAAACGGAUUGAAAGCCACAAGCUGAGCUUCCGUGAGACAGCCAAGGCCCGCACUGACCACGGCGCCGAGAUCAUCUCCUUGGAAGACUCCCCCCAGCAGCUCAGCACCGUGUCCUCCUCUGGCAGCAUCAACAUGGCCGACUCUCCACAGCUGUCCACGCUGGCCGACCAGGUGUCUGCUUCUCUGGCCAAACAAGGCUUGUGAACGUGCCCACACUCCAGCCUCCACCUCCACCACACGACCACGUAGAGGAGUUGUGAUGCCUUCCUUGGUAUUUUCACAGGACUUUUUUUUAAGCUACCCAUCACUAUUUUAUCCUCCACUAACCUUUAAAAUGGUUAUUGAAACGUUGCCAUUAGAAGUCUUGCGGAAAAAAAACAAAACAAAAAAAAAAACUAACAAGUAGGCCAAAAUGUAUUUAAUUCUCUUUGUGGUCUUUUGAUUCUCUACUAGCUGUUAUUUCAGCCUUUUACAGUGACCCUAUAAAGAGUUAAACAGCAAAGUUUUCUUUGUGAAUCCAAGGAAUAAUUUUAUCUCCUGGUAAAUGACUUGGUUUCCCGUCAGACUGUAAAUCCCUAAGAAUUCACCUUUGAUGGGUGUCUGGUAACUUUUUUUUUUUUACUUCAUUUUUCUUUUAUACAGAACCUUGCAAACGGAGG